AUGCGCACACACUCGCACGCAGGCUCGCUCCAGAGGUGCAGCAGCCCUGACGCACGCCUGUACCCCGUGCAGACCGAGGGAGUAAACAUGGCGUCUGAUGGGAUGGUGCUCACGAACCACGACCAUCAGACCCGAGUGGGGAUCCUGACAGUGAGUGACAGCUGCUUUAAGAACUUGGCUGAGGACAGAAGUGGAGUCAACUUGAAGGAUUUGGUCCACGAUCCGUCUCUGCUUGGGGGAGUCAUUGCUGCCUACAAAAUCGUCCCAGAUGAGAUCGAUGAAAUAAAGGACACUUUGCUCGAGUGGUGCGAUGAACACGAGCUGAACCUCAUCCUCACGACUGGAGGCACCGGCUUUGCACCUAAAGAUGUUACACCCGAGGCGACCAGAGAGGUGAUAGAAAGAGAAGCUCCUGGAAUGGCCCUCGCUAUGCUAAUGGGCUCACUCAAUGUUACACCUCUCGGCAUGCUGUCCAGGCCUGUGUGUGGCAUUCGUGGCAAAACUCUGAUCAUCAACCUCCCAGGGAGCAAGAAAGGCUCCCAGGAGUGUUUCCAGUUCAUUCUGCCCGCGCUGCCCCACGCCAUCGACCUGCUGCGUGAGGCAAAUGUGCGGGUGAAAGCCACACACGCCGCCCUGGAGCAGAUGCCCUCCCCGCUGUCCCAUGCCCACAACAACGCUCACAACAGCAGCCACACCAUGGAGCGCGGCACCCAGUGUGAAGACGAGGAAGAGGAGGAGGAAGAGGAGCGCCGCAGAUCAGCCCGCCACGCACACAAUCACCACCACCAUCACCAUCACCACCAGCACGGCUCCUCCCACAUCACUGCGGCCGCCAUCGCUGCCAAGACCAGUCAUGCUGUGGUUAUGGCUAAGGGUGCCCCCUACCUGCCCGGCACCACCCCUGCACCCACUCAUUUUACCUGCUCCUGUAGCCAUGAAGAGAUCCCGGACUCAAUCAUUUCGCGAGGCGUUCAGGUGCUUCCUCGAGAUUCGGCCUCUUUAAGCUCCACCCCUUCCGAGUCUCCGCGGGCAACUCAGGCGACCUCCCGUCUGUCCACUGCCUCAUGUCCGACACCCAAGGUUCAGUCUCGAUGUGGCAGUAAUGAGAACAUUCUGAGAGCCAGUAAGUUCAGCCACAGUGCAGUGGACAUCAGUAAAGUAGCGCGACGUCACCGCAUGUCUCCUUUCCCGCUGACGUCGAUGGACAAAGCCUUCAUCACUGUUCUGGAGAUGACGCCCAUCCUGGGAAUCGAAGUUAUAAACUACAGAGAUGGAUUGGGCCGGGUGCUAGCUCAGGACAUCUAUGCCAAAGACAACCUUCCUCCAUUCCCUGCAUCUGUAAAAGAUGGUUAUGCUGUCCGAGCUGCUGAUGGCCCUGGAGACCGCUUCAUCAUGGGGGAGUCUCAGGCUGGACAACAGCCCACCCACACAGUGAUGCCGGGGCAGGUGAUGCGCGUGACAACCGGAGCUCCAAUCCCAUGUGGAGCUGACGCUGUGGUGCAAGUGGAGGACACAGAGUUGUUGAGAGAAUCUGAAGAUGGCACUGAGGAGCUGGAGGUGAGAAUUAUGGUCCAAGCCCGACCCGGACAAGACAUCAGGCCCAUCGGUCAUGACAUCCGUAGAGGGGAGUGUGUCCUGUCCAAGGGCACCCACAUGGGCCCCUCAGAGAUUGGACUCCUGGCCACAGUGGGAGUCACCGAGGUCAGCGUGCACAAGUUCCCCGUAGUGGCCGUCAUGUCGACUGGAAACGAGCUGCUGAAUCCAGAAGACGACCUCCACCCCGGAAAGAUCCGCGACUCGAACCGCUCCACUCUGCUGGCCACCAUCCAGGAGCACGGCUACCCCACAAUCAACCUGGGCAUCGUGGGUGACAACCCUGAUGAUCUGCUCUCUGCUCUCCACGAGGGCAUCAGUCGUGCCGAUGUCAUCAUCACCUCAGGAGGGGUGUCCAUGGGAGAGAAGGAUUAUCUGAAGCAGGUCUUGGACAUUGACCUUCAUGCUCAGAUCCACUUCGGACGUGUCUUUAUGAAGCCAGGUCUUCCUACUACCUUUGCCACAUGCGAUAUUGACGGCGCACGGAAACUCAUCUUUGCUCUGCCAGGAAACCCAGUGUCGGCUGUGGUCACUUGUAAUCUCUUUGUUAUUCCUGCUCUGAGGAAGAUGCAGGGAAUUCUGGACCCUAGACCCACAAUUAUUAAAGCUAGGCUAUCGUGUGAUGUGAAGCUUGACCCCAGGCCGGAGUAUCAUCGCUGUAUUCUCACCUGGCAUCACCAGGAGCCCCUGCCCUGGGCCCAAAGCACAGGUAACCAAGUGUCAAGUCGGCUAAUGGAGAAGUGGUGGACGUCAUGGUCAUCGGACGGCUAUGAUGCAGAUUUAAAUGUCACUCGCUACCGAUUACCAUGGCAGUGCCAGGACUUCCUGUCUGGACAGGAAACGGGCGGGGACAGGAAGUGA